CGUCAUUCAUUGUGUCAAAGGACAAGCUUACUUCUCACAGUUAUACAAUAGGUUACUGUGUUGGUGACAGAGACAGUGCGAAGUUUAAAGGCGCUCACUCACAUUUGCACUGCGUGAACACUUGAGAAAAUGGCUAGCCUACAUCAAUUUGUUACGGCCUUCACUGCGCCUAAGGGAUUCAGUUCGAUUGACAUACCCUGUCUAUCGACGCGCUGAGGCAUUCAGGGACUUACCGGAAACCAAACUUUUUCUUCAAACUUGUUUCGUAGCUGAGUCGAACGCGUCGAAAGAGGAAAGAAAAAGACAAGACCGUUCCGCGUCCAAACUUUUACAGUUCCUUAUUUUCUUCCUCAUAUUCGAGUCAUGUUGGAUAAUAGUUGGUUGCUGUCUAAAAGAAGUGAAAUACUGACUUUUUGUCAAGAAUAACGGCCGCCUUCGAGUGUUAUUCCUCCACACAUAGUAUAACGGAUAUUCGUUUUUAUCAUGGAAGACGAAGUGAAAGAGGACCCCACCAGGCCCAACGAGGACCCCACCAGGUCCAAAGAGACCAUGUCCACAUGGAAGGCCGGUUGGGUGAAAAAGGCCUCAGGCAGAUUCCUGGCCAGCUAUAAGGACCGCUACAUCCAGGUGGAGAGGACGGAGCUUGUGGUGUACGAGAAUGAGAGUAAACAACGUUCUGCCUGUUUGGUGCAGGACCUUGCGACCUACUUGGAGAAAGUGGACCUGGAAAACUACGAUAAGUGUCACGAGUUGAGGAGCGCCUUCACGAAGAAGAAUAGACUGGUGUUGAUACGAGCGGCCAAAUCAGGGAAUAAGGUCCAUGAUGUCAAGUUCCAGGCUCAGAACCUGGAGGAGAAGGAGGCUUGGAUUAAGGCCUUUAGUGACGGCAUCAACAGAGCAAAGAAUAAGAUAUUUGACGAGGUGAAGGUAGAUGAGACCAGUCAGUUGGAGCACGCAACACGCACAAGGCCGAAAGGAAACCGUAACAGAAGACCACCGACCAGGAUACACAUGAAAGAGGUUGCCAACGUCUCAUCAGACGGCAUUCUCCGGCAUGACCUGGACGUGGUGGAUGCCAGCAUCCCCAACGGGACACACCAGAUCACCACAGACACCACUGAGACUCCCAAAAAGUCUGUGAAGCCCCCCAUGCCCCCCACGUCCAAACCCAGCGAGGCCCCAGAGGAGUGUCAGACCACCCAGAGCCCUGACGAAGGUCUGCCAUCUGAAACGGAGCCCAGUCCCCAGAAGGUCCUGAAGCCCCCCAUGCCGCCCUCCAAAGAGGCCGAGACGGCUGCUGCUUCUGCAGGGGACCAACUCCCUGAUGAGACUAGCACUGACAGAAGCCCAGAGAAAAAGGUCCUGAAGCCUCCUAUGCCGCCCUCCAAAGAGGCCAAGCCCACAGUGUCUGCCGAGGACCAACCACCUGGGGAGACCAGCCCUGAGAAAAAGGUCCUGAAGACGCCCAUGCCACCCUCCAAAGAGGCCAAGCCCACUGCUCCAGCCGGAGACCAACCCCCCAGGAACACCAGCCCUGAGGGCAGCCCAGAGCAGGGCUUCGAGUCAGCACCACCGCCCACCCCUCCCGGCAAACCAAUCGGCGGCUCCACAGACAACCUGGCCGAGGCCUCCCAAUCCAGCCAGGAACAUAGGCCGCCCACCCCACCAUCCAAAGACAAGAAGCCCACUCAGACAGCCGUGCAGGAGAGUACAGAGGAGGCUAGUGGGAUGAGGAAGAAAGGUGAAGAGGAUGAAGUAGAGGAGAAGGAGGAAGAGGGUUCUGAAACAAUUGUAUCUGACGUUCAACAAAGCAGUAUCCUUGAGGGGGCUGAGGAUGAGGAGGAGUCUCCUUCCUCUCAGCUUACAACACCCAUGACCCCACUAGAGGUCAAAGUUGAAACCUCUGUGACUGACCACCCAGAGGUCACCACCACCACCACCAUAGAAGAAGAGACGCAGAAAGUUGCCAAGCCCAUGGCUCAAGAACAAGAGUCUGCCCCUAGUGGUGGAGUGGAUAUAUCCCCCAAUGAAGAACCUCAGACAAUGAAGUCUUCCCAACUCACAGUAACGCCGUCAGUUCAGACACCGGAGCCAAUCAAAAAGAGCCCUGGCCCUCCCGGACCUCCCACAAAGAAGAAGCCUGUCGUCCUCCCUCCUCCCAAAGCAGUGGUGGUGGCUCAAGACGUCCACCUAAGUGAGCCUAAGAGCCAAGCGACAGACAAAACCAAGAACAUCAUCAUCACCACCACACCAAGAGAGAAACUCAACUCUAUCACUUCACCAACACCAGCCGUGGUGACCACAACCAGUCCGACUGAAGAAACAGAGGACCUGAAAGUUCCUGUGGUCGUUGAGACUAUGUCUGAGUUCCCAGUCGUAGUUCUCUCUCUGAGUGACCCUGAGCCAGACAGCUCCUGCUCCAGCCCCGUGUCCUGCCACCUCUCCCCGGAAAAGAAGAGUGAGCGUGAAGAGGAAAAGUCAGUCGACAGCGGCCAACACUCGGACAUCGAUGUCGAUGAAGAUUGGUCAGAGAGCAGGGACACUUUGGCAGCCUCCACCGCUGCCCUAAUGGGCAGCCAAGCUGGCCUGGACGCGCUGAUGGAUGAGAGUCAAGACGGAGACACGGAAACCCCCGGCAGCUUGGGACCCAGCACUGUGGAGGACUGCCCUUCUACGACCCAGACCCCCCAGGACAAUCACUCUGGCCUACACUCCACCUUCCUCCAGGUGAGGGUCAGUCAGGCCUCCCAUUGUCCCCCCAUCCCCUUCAAACCCUUAGCCAAGCUCAUGUCCACCUCUUUGGGGGAUCUCCUCUCUGAGGCCUCAUUGGGUGAAAACAUUAAACAGCCAAUCACAGACGUGGCCGUGACAAAGGCCACCGUGGGUCCUCAAAACUUAACAGAUCUUGAAAAUGAAGUGGCCCUGAAGCUGGAAAAUACAGAGGAGCUCCUGGGGAGCGUCGUCCCCAAAGGGAGCACCGAGGUUGGGCAGAACUCGGCCCUAGCGGGGGGCAAUAGCCUGGAGGACAGGUCGCCGGAGGAGCUGCUAGCCAGAGCCAUGGAGAAGCUGAGGAAAGCAGACCAGUUCCUCAGGCAGGCCAAGCGUAUAAAAGACUCAAAACAUUCUGAGAAUACUGCCAAGAGAAACAGCUGGUGAUUGUUAAAUAUGAAGGAGAAUUAGGGAAAAUGUAUUGAUUAAGGGUGAUGGAAAGUAGUAGCUUGGAAGGACGACAGGUGUUUUCUUAUUCUGGCUGACUAUGCAGCAUAUUUAUGCAAGUGUUCUGCUGAGAUUUAGCUAAGUGCAAUUUUUUCAACUUUCACUUUUCUCCUGCAAAUGGAGGUUGAUUGUACUUUUUGUACUUAAAAAUGUAUUUUUACAUUCCACAUUGAUCAUCAUCACUUUCCCAAGGAUAUUUACUUGAAUACUUACAACCCCCGAUCAAACUUUUUAAUGAUACGUUUAAGGAUGCUUCAAAAUGACCUAAGUCUUAGGGGAUGUCGGAAGAGCUUGCAACUUUUUGUAAUCCACGUUUUGAAUGGAUACAGAUUGGUUUCCUCUGUAAUCCUUGCCAAUCAAACCAUGAUGACAUUUGAAGUAAUCAUGUUUAUGUAGUUGUAGUAAUCAUGUUUAUGUAGUUGUAGUAAUCAUGUUUAUGUAGUUGUAGUAAUCAUGUUUAUGUAGUUGUAGUAAUCAUGUUUAUGUAGUUGUAGUAAUCAUGUAUGAGGUGGGUUGUG